AUGUGUUCCACAAACCCAGGCAACUGGGUCACAUUUGAUGAUGACCCUGCUUUUCAGUCUUCUCAAAAGUCAAAGAAUUUACCUCUGGAGAAUCAAGGCAUUUGUAGGCCAAAUGGACUUAAGCUGAACCUCUCUGGUGCUAAGGAGUUUCCCAGUGGAUCUUCCUCUGCCAGCAAUACCCCCCUCUCCUCUCCCAUCAUAGACUUUUACUUUAGUCCAGGACCUCCAAGUAACUCUCCUCUUUCUACACCUACGAAGGACUUCCCAGGUAUUCCUGGCAUCCCCAAAGCAGGGACGCAUAUGCUUUAUCCUAUCCCAGAAUCAUCCUCAAACAGUCCACUUACAAUAUCAGGAGCAGGCUCUUCCUUAUUGCCUAGCAAACCAACUUGUUUAUCCCAUGCUUCCUUACCCAGUGACCACUCAUGUACACAUCCAGCUCCCAAAGUGGGUCUUCUGGAAGAAGUUAGCCCUCCCCAGGCUGAAAGCCUAGGGUUUCAAAGUGAUACUCCCCAGUUUCAGUAUUUUCGGGAGGACUGUGCUUUUUCAAGUCCAUUUUGGAAAGAUGAAGGCAGUGCUUCCCAGUUCAUCUUUGACCCUCCAGGAAGCAGAAAGGCUUACCCACCAAGAGACAAAGAGAUGCCUAUCGAUCAAAAAAGCUUAAAUCAGUGUUCACUCAACUAUAUCUGUGAGAAGCUUGAACAUCUUCAAUCAGCUGAGAACCAAGACUCAUAUGGAAAUUUGUCUAUGCAGUCUCUGUAUGGUGAAGACACUGCCUCUUCCUUUGUCCCCCCCAUGCUCUUCAGGAGUCAGCCAAAACCCGGAUGGUCUUUUAUGUUGAGAAUUCCCGAGAAGAAGAACAUGAUGUCUUCCCGUCAGUGGGGACCAAUUUUUCUAAAAGUCUUACCUGGAGGAAUUUUGCAAAUGUAUUAUGAGAAGGGGUUAGAAAAACCAUUUAAGGAGUUACAGCUCGAUCCACAUUGCAGGCUUUCUGAACCAAAAGUUGAGAACUGUAGUGUGGCAGGAAAAAUCCAUACUGUGAAGAUUGAACAUGUGUCUUACACAGAAAAAAGGAAAUACCAUUCUAAGACAGAAGUAGUUCAUGAACCAGACAUCGAACAGAUGCUGAAGUUGGGGUCCACAGAGUACCAUGAUUUCCUUGACUUCCUGACUACUGUGGAGGAGGAGCUGACAAAGCUGCCAGCUGGUUCAAAACCAAAAAAGAACUAUGAGGAACAAGAAAUUUCCCUAGAAAUUGUGGACAACUUUUGGGGCAAAAUCACUAAAGAAGAAGGAAAAUUGGUUGAAAGUGCUGUCAUAACUCAGAUCUAUUGCCUCUCUUUUGUAAAUGGGAACACAGAAUGCUUUUUAACCUUGAAUGACCUCGAGCUGCAGAAGCGAAACGAUCGCUACUUUGAAAAAGACCCAGAAAAGAAGGGGAUUGAUAUUCUCGACUAUCAUUUUCAUAAGUGUGUGAAAGCACAAGAAUUCGGGCAAUCAAGAAUCAUUAAGUUUGUACCGCUGGACGCCUGCCGGUUUGAACUGAUGCGUUUUAAGACUUUGUAUAACGGGGAGGAUCUUCCCUUUUCCCUGAAGUCUGUAGUGGUUGUCCAGGGGGCGUAUGUGGAGCUUCAGGCCUUUGUCAACAUGGCCCCAUUGGCUCAGAGAUCUUCCUCUGCCAGUUCCUUGAGGUCCUGUGACAACAUAAUGAUACACUUUCCUGUCCCAUCACAGUGGAUCAAGGCCCUCUGGACCAUGAACCUCCAGAGGCAGAAGUCCCUGAAAGCCAAAAUGAACCGCCGGGCAUGUCUAGGGAGUUUACAUGAACCUGAAUCAGAACCUGUUAUACAGGUCACUGUGGGGUCAGCAAAAUAUGAGAGUGCCUACCGGGCCGUGGUAUGGAAGAUAGACCGGCUUCCUGAUAAAAAUUCAAGUCCUGAUCAUCCCCAUUGCUUGUCAUACAAACUAGAACUUGGAUCAGACCAAGAAAUUCCCUCUGAUUGGUAUCCAUUUGCUACUGUUCAGUUUGGAAUGCUUGACACCUGUGCCUCAGGGACAGAGGUCAGGUCUCUGGGUGUGGAGAGUGAUUUCCAGCCACAGAAACAUGUUCAUCAGAGAGCUUGCUACAACAUUCAGGUUGAAAUAGAAAAGAAGAGGAUUAAAAUCGAUGGAGAAGACCCAGAUAAAGCUGGUGACUGCGUAACUCAGUAG